AGCUCCCCUGCCCUGCGGGGCAGGCGUUUCGGUCGCCUGCUUGCGGCCGGGGAGCCCAGCGGCGCUUCCAGCCGCUCUCUUUGACUCGCCGGCCGGAUCACCCUUCUGGCCCCGCCGAGCAGGCGCGGGGGAGCGGCCCCGACUGCGGGGUCAUGGCAGUAGCCUCCUCGUUCUUCGCCGCCGCUGGCCCCGCCGAGUCGCCGGCUUCUGCGCGAGGGACGCCCACCGCCUCCGCAGGCUAAGAGCCGCUGCCGCCUCCGAGCUGUGAGGGCUACUAUGCUCCCCCUUUGCCUCCGCCUCCCCCUCCCACCCGCGCAGGCCCCUCUCUGGCUGCUAAGUCCCGCCUCAGGUAACGCCAGGAGAGCGCGUGGGGCACGAGCCCGGGGCACCCCGGCCCGCGCGGGCGGCUGCUACCCGUCUACGUCCCGGAGCACUGGCGCUCACAUCUUCCGCACUGGCAGGACUCCUCCUCUUGCCGGAGGUCCUCCUCUCCGUGCUGGGGACCCUCUUCGACCCCUUUCCCUUCUCUUCACUUCCUCCCGGGCCCCAGGACAGCCCCUCCCCUCCCCCCGGAGGCCCGGAGCCCGUGAGACGUUCCUUCGUAGGAGGGACCCGGUCCCGGACUCCUCUCGGGCACUUUCUGUCCUGCGGAGACUCGGGAGUCUUUCCCUCCUGUUUCCGAGACCUCUGGCUCCACCCGGAGAGCUUCUCUCGGCCGUCUCGGAGCUCCGGACUCCCUCACUCUUCUCAAACACACUCUUCCCUCGAAAACAUCCACUUCUCCUCUCGAGAGAUACUCCCCCGGGCAGACACUCCUGGCUCUUUCGUUCCACUUCCCCCCGGUUACCCCUCUUUUCCGCGUCUCUCCUCUUCCCUCCUCUGCCCGUCCCCCUCGCUUUAAACACUCUGGACGAAGCCAGUAUUCAGAGGUAGCUGGCAUGAAGCCGGGUUUGCCGAAUGUAGAAACCGUUCAGCUUUUCCCUCUGAAAAAGCCUUGCCACAUGAGUUGGACUUCAUUCUGUAGGGUCAAGCCAGAAGAGAAGUAAAACUCAACAAAAUUUUAUUAUGUGUGGAAGUCGUUCUUAAAAGAAGGAAAAAAGUGAUUAUUAAGACCAUGGAUCGGAGCAAACGGAAUUCAAUUGCAGGAUUUCCGCCACGAGUGGAGCGUCUCGAAGAUUUUGAAGGAGGAGGCGGCGGAGGGGACGGGAGCCUGUCCCACGUGGGAAGAGUUUGGCCCUCUUCAUAUCGAGCUCUUAUAAGUGCCUUUUCCAGACUCACACGUUUAGAUGACUUCACCUGUGAAAAAAUAGGCUCUGGCUUUUUCUCUGAAGUGUUCAAGGUGCGCCACCGAGCUUCUGGCCAGGUGAUGGCUCUUAAGAUGAACACGUUGAGCAGUAACCGGGCAAACAUGCUGAAAGAGGUGCAGCUCAUGAAUAGACUCUCCCACCCCAACAUCCUUAGGUUCAUGGGCGUGUGUGUACAUCAAGGACAGUUGCAUGCACUUACAGAGUAUAUCAACUCCGGAAACCUGGAACAGUUGCUGGACAGUAACCUGCAUUUGCCCUGGACUGUGAGGGUGAAACUGGCUUAUGAUAUAGCAGUGGGCCUCAGCUACCUUCACUUCAAAGGCAUUUUCCAUCGGGACCUCACAUCUAAGAACUGCCUGAUAAAGAGGGAUGAGAGUGGUUACUCGGCAGUGGUAGCUGACUUCGGCCUGGCUGAGAAGAUCCCUGAUGGCAGCAUGGGGAGUGAGAAGCUGGCGGUGGUGGGCUCCCCCUUCUGGAUGGCGCCGGAGGUGCUCCGAGAUGAGCCCUACAACGAGAAGGCGGACGUGUUCUCCUACGGUAUCAUCCUUUGUGAGAUCAUCGCCCGCAUCCAGGCUGACCCCGACUAUCUUCCUCGAACAGAGAACUUCGGGCUGGACUACGAUGCUUUCCAGCACAUGGUGGGAGACUGUCCCCCGGACUUUCUGCAGCUCACCUUCAACUGCUGUAAUAUGGACCCCAAACUUCGCCCUUCCUUUGCGGAAAUUGGGAAGACGUUGGAGGAAAUUCUGAGCCGCCUACAGGAGGAAGAGUUGGAAAGGGACAGGAAGCUGCAACCCGCAGCCAAGGGACUCUUGGAGAAAGGACCUGGGCUGAAGCGACUGAGCUUACAGGACAACAAGAUCCCUCCUAAGUCCCCACGCCCACGGCGUACCAUCUGGCUGUCUCGAAGCCAGUCAGACAUCUUCUCCAGCAAGCCCCCACGUACAGUGAAUGUCUUGGACCCCUACUACCAGCCACAACGAGGCGGUGCUGCCCGUGCCCCCAAAAUCAACCCUUUCAGUGCUCGCCAGGACCUCAAAGGUGGCAAGAUCAAAUUCUUCGACCUGCCCAGCAAAUCUGUCAUCUCCCUGGUGUUUGACCUGGAUGCGCCAGGGCCUGGAAGCACGCCUGUGGCCGAGUGGCAGGAGCCCCUGGCUCCACCGGCUCGCCGGUGGCGUUCUUUGCCUGGUUCGCCAGAGUUCUUGCAUCAGGAGGCUUGUCCGUUUGUGGGCCGAGAAGAAUCACUAUCUGACGGGCCCCCCCCGCGCCUCAGUAGUCACAAGUACAGAGUAAGAGAGAUCCCACCAUUCCGAGCACCUGCCCUACCAGCUGCUCCAGCCCACGAGGCCAUGGAUUGCUCCGGACCCCAGGAAGAAAAUGGCUUUGGCCCCAGGCCCCCGGGGCCCGGUCUAUGUCUUGCAGGUGCCCUUGAGGAGAUGGAGGUAGAAGAAAGGCCAAGAGACUUGGCCGUCUCUGGCACAGGCCUGAAAACCCAGGGAGAGCAGGAUGGGUGAGAGGGGGUUAAUCCCCAGCUCACCUUGGGGCUGGACCUUCAGCCGAAGCCACAGGGCCCCCUUGGUGCACAGCCUUGACUCUUCCCUGGGGCCCACAGAGCAGGCAGGCUAAGCCAAGCCAGGCUCAACUUCGGGGCUCCCGGUGCCCGUGGCUGUGUAUGAGAGGUGAGGCCGCAGCGAGAGGCCUUCCUAGUUAACUAGGGCCAACAGCUGACACCAAGCCUCUGCAAUCCAGCAAGGAGCUCUGGCCCCCACCUGAUUCCCCCGUGCACGUCCCCAGACGGACCAGAGGACUCCUAGUUCUAGUGUGAGCUGGCAGGCAGCUACCACCCCAGGUUCUUCUCCUACCCCAGGUCUGCCUCUUGCGCUUUCCGGGGGCAUAUAAGCUAGUGGCUGGCAUCUGGAGCUGACCAGGAGGCCACCAAGGGCAUGGCGAUUUCUCAGACCUGAAGCCUGGGGUGCCUCUUGCCAGGAUGUCUAAGACACUUGAAUAAUUGCUGUUUGCACUUACUGCGCGGUCAGGCCACGUCACUACAUCUCUAUGCAAGGGGAGGGCGAGGCGGAGUGGUGGUCGUGGCUCUCAGCUAACUAUUCAAAGAUCUUUUCCAGUUGAUGAAUCUAUUUUCAUAUUUAUGAAGGAGUCUUAAUGUCCUGCCCUGUAAGACUUUCAGCCUUGUGGCUGGGAGUGGGGCUGGUCUUGUAGGCCCGAGGGCCUGCUCUGUGUAUUUGUCAACACGUCACAUGCCCGGUUGGUUAAAUGGUUUAUACGUGGACUGAGGUCUUCCCUUUCUGCUACGGGAACAGUCUGUCCUUCUAGAGCCACAAUAAGAAAUAACCAAAGAUGAAGCUGGUCAAAUAUUUUCAUAUCUUGUUUCUGUUGAUUUUUUUUUUCUUUUUUGUAAAACUUUCCCAAGACACUUUGAGAUUUAAAAAUAAAUAAAGUCGGUGUUACAGGUGCUGGUCA